UGACCGGAUGAAAUUUAAUUUUGAUUGCUUGAUCAUGAGAAUUUUGAAUGUUUUGACUUUUGUUUUUGAUGAUUGAGUGAUGUUUCUUGUGCUUUCAUGACCUGUUAUUCAUGCUUGUGUGGAAUUAUACAUGUUCAUUGCUUUCUUCAGUAGGUUUACUAGUACAUAAAAUAGAAGGAAAAUAAAAGAUAUUGUGAUUAUAAUUAUUAAAACAAAAUUAACAUAUAAGUUUUUCUUUAGGAUGGACCGAAGUUGGAUGUACUUGAAACAUAGAUUUCAACCAGAAUUUACCAAUGGUCUCAAAUUAUUUAUGGAUGCUGCAAAAGAACACCUGAACAUAGAAAAUAAGACACGUUGCCCUUGUCGUGAUUGUAAAAAUGGAGAAACGUCUUCGUUCGAACGUUUCCGGUGCCCAAAAGGCUAAUGUUGGUGUCACUGUGACAAAACGGCGACGUGUACAAGCAAAUGAACCUUCACUUCCAAAUUCUUUGCAAGAUGAACUCGAUGUUCCUGAUAUGCCUAUCUCUAAUAGAACUACCCAAAAGGCUAUUGCUAGUACCAUUAUCCAAAGGCCUAAUGUUGGUGACUCAAUGAAUGCACACGUUCAGUGCCAAACUACUAACCAGCCAUCAAUAAAUGCUACAACUGAAGGGUUGAAUGAUGCUAGGACAUCAGUCGAUAUCCAAGGAUCUACUACAGAAGGUCCAGAAAAAAAAGUGCGUGGAAAGACAAGAGGUUUAAAUGUUGAUAAGGUGCAUGAGCAGCUUGGUACUAAAAUACCUGUGACUUUCAAGAAAGAAAAUGGCAGACCCACAGAUCCAUAUGCGGAAAUGUUUGCUAAUGAAAUUGGAUUCACCAUUGGGAACCAUGCACCUCUAAAUGUGAAAAAAUGGAAGGAAGUAAAACCAGAAGAUAUGACAAGUUUGAUCAAAAGAAUAACUACUAAGUACAACAUUGACAUGUCUCUACCUUGGGUUAAGAGAUAUGUGAAUAAAUCUUUUGGAACAGUGUUUGCUAACUUCCGUUAUAAGCUGAAGAAGCAUUUUGAGCAAUUCUCAACAAAAGAGGAAGCAUUAGAAAAUAAACACAAAGAUGUUAAAACUGAAGAAGAAUGGGCUUUUCUGUGCACUUAUUUUUCUAGUGAAGAUUUUCAGAUUGUUUCAGAGAAAAAUUCUAUUAAUAGGUCACGUUUGAAAUAUCACCAUAAAGCAGGGUCGAAGUCUUUUAUGUUGCACCAAGAACAGAUUGAUGCACAAUCAGGGGAGAUGCUAGGUGCAAUUGAACGCUUUGAAAUGGAGUACAAAAGCAUUAAAAAAGGUUGGGACUUGGGAGCGAAAGAAUUAUGGGAUCAAAUGGUUAAGAUGCGAACUGAGACAACCCUUCCUGAUGGGACUCGAACUAUGAAUGAUGAUGAAAUAUGUGCAAAGGUUCUUGGAGUAAAAUCAGGCUACAUCAAGGGUUGUGGUUUUGGCCCUAGGCCUCCACCAUCUAGCACUUCUCGAUCGUCACUAGAUGAAAUGUCUGAGAAGAAUAAAGAGUUAGAAGAUAUACUUGAAGAGACCCAAGAUACUAUAAAGGCUCAACAAGAAAAGAUUGAUGCACAAAACGUGUUGAUCCAAGAAUUGCAGAAGCAAGGCAAAAAGUUUGAGCAGUUCAUGGCAACCUUUAUGAACCAACAAGCAUCAAGUUAGUUAUGCGUAUCUAGGAUUUAGUAUCAGUUAAACAAGUUAAUUGAUUUUUGGAUCAUUUUUAGUUCAGUAUUGACUUUAGACUAUUCCAAUUAGUAGUUAUGGUAGAC